AUGGAGGAGGGGAUGGAGGAGGUGAUGGAGGAGGGGAUGGAGGAGGUGAUGGAGGAGGUGAUGGAGGAGGCGAUGGAGGAGGGGAUGGAGGAGGUGAUGGAGGAGGUGAUGGAGGAGGUGAUGGAGGAGGCGAUGGAGGAGGGGAUGGAGGAGGUGAUGGAGGAGGUGAUGGAGGAGGUGAUGGAAGAGGGGAUGGAGGAGGUGAUGGAGGAGGUGAUGGAGGAGGGGAUGGAGGAGGUGAUGGAGGAGGUGAUGGAGGAGGUGAUGGAGGAGGUGAUGAGGAGGUGA